UUUCAAACAUAAAAGAAAAAGGCUGAAUGUUGUGUUCCAACUGUUAAAGAGUAUGUUGAGUAGACUUUUUUCCCCAAUAUGUAUCAGAUAAGCAAUAACAAACACUCACAUAGUCACAUGUCCCUACUUAGUUUUUCCAUCAAUAGAGCUUUCAGCACUAAGAUAUCAUAUGACACAUAUGUAUACAUAAUUUAUGUAUUUCAGCAUAAUGUCCCCAGUGAGCUUUAAUUUAAACUGCCCAUAUAAGAUCUGAUUUAAAAAAUGGCAUGUUUAACUAUAAAUUUCAAAAUUUAAAAUUUAGGGGAGGUACCCGAAAACUGCAAGAAAUAAAAUUUCUACAAAUUAGGUUUGAUUUUGGCAAAUAUUAAUGAUGGAAGGUUGGUGAGUUCUUCCAACUGCUUUCUCUAGUUAGUCAGCCCCAACCCAACCACAAUUGUUUUUCUAUUCUCCUUUACCAAUCACUUACAUCCAAAUACUAUGUUUCUUACACGUUCAGUCAAUCUUUUUUACACUCUUCUUAACAUUUCUUGGUUAGUUUUACCCACAAUGAUGAAUUUCUAAACACAAAGUAUGUGAAUAAAUGGUAGAUAUGAUACAAUGUGUACUUAUGUACUGUCUGUUACCAACAUGGUGUCCUCAGUCUUUGUUAAUAUGUGUUUACCUCCAAUGCUGCUGCUUGUUGUUCUUUUUUGUUUCAAGUUAGGUAGGUACCCUUUAAUGGACAGUUAUAUAUUUUGGAAGUUUGAUCCAAUAAUUUGAUGAAUGUUAUUUGUUGAAGGGAAAGGUGAAACUGGAAUUGCUGGAACUGGGAUUGGAUAUUUACCUGAACCAGGUGGUGGGAAUAAUGGUGGUGGUGGUGGUGGCGGUGGCGGUGGCGGCGGCGGCAGUGGUCAUGAUGAACCUGAUGAGGUUGUUGUGAAGGCCCUUCAAUGUUUCAGUGAGAAACAUAUAUACAGCAGCUGUGAUGAGUCUUCUAGGUUGACUGAGAGUGGUCAAAUCCACGUGCCACCAGACAAGACUGAUGAAUACUGUAAUGGGCCAUGCCUGCAAGAGACACACCUUGUGCUUAACUGUGUUGACGAUAUCUUAUCACACUUUGUUUUCUAUAAUCAUGCUACCAUAAAGGACGUGAAGGAAACGAUCAAAGCGGGUUGCACUUAUGGCCCACACCGAGGUAACUUUAAUGUGGCCGAACACAUAGAAGGAAAUGGGAGCAAUUCAUACAAGUUAUCGAACCCUGUUAUACUACUUGGUCUUUCAUCUUUCCUUCUUGUCAUCAAUAUGUUGUUUUGAUCACUUCCUUUUUUUUUAUCUUAAAAUGCAUAUGAUGGGAGACUUAUUUAUGAGUAAAAUGUAUUAAAGAUCAUGUUCAUGGCUAAUAUAUGUUUAUAUUAAAAUA